AAACAAGUCAAAGGAGAAGGGAUGAAAAAUUGACCUGUUCUUCAGUCCAAACUGGUAGUUCAGGCGCAGACGCCUCCAAUAUUUGCCAUCUUGAUCAAUAAUUCGUAUUCUCCUUUGAUUGCUUAUUGUCAUUAAAUUAGUAUUUAAUUAUAUUGUGGAGUGCCUUAUUGGUCAAAAAUGAACAAACAAACAAAAGAAGACUCUUCUGCUUCUUCAAUUCAUAAUUAAUAAUUAAUUUUUAUUAGCAUAAAAGCCCCCAAUGUUUCUGCGCGGGGUGCCCUUCCAUUGGACUUUCUGGCUUCGUUCAUUUCUUCGGCAGUCGUAUGGUUUUUGUGUUGUUGACCAGAAAUUAGUGAUCGGCGAAUUAGAAAGAAGGAAGCAUGGGAGGGCUCUGUUCGAAGGCUUCUGCUUCUCAUACUGAUAAUAAAAGACCAGAAAAUAGGAAUUUCAGUGGUCAUGUUGAUUCCAGCAAAAACAACAGCAACAAUAAUAAGAAAAACAGAGACUUGCAAGAUCACCAACCAGCAGCAGGAGAAGCAGCAGAGGUGAGGGAAAGCAUAGAGAACAGGUCUCAAGAUCCAAAGGGAUCGUUUUCCUUGGAUGAUUUUUAUGAUGGGAUUCCUCGCUACCCAUCUCUUAAAUCAAGAUCUUUGCGCUCUGGACAGUCUGCUGUUGCUAAGGUUUCGGAGGUAAGUUCACGUCUGGGUAGAGCUAGCAUUGAGGUCUUGGACACACUUGGGAGUAGCAUGACAAAUUUAAACACCAAUAACGGAUUUGCAUCUAGUGGGGCAACUAAAGGCAAUGAGCUUACAAUAUUAGCUUUUGAGGUAGCAAAUACAAUCGUUAAGGGUUCCAGCCUUAUGUAUUCCCUUUCAAAAUGGAGUAUUCGACAUUUGAAAGAAGUUGUGCUUCCCUCAGAAGGAGUGCAAAAUCUAAUAUCAAAAGAUAUGGAUGAGCUCUUGAAGAUUGUUGAAGCUGACAAGAGGGAAGAGUUGAAAAUUUUUUCAGGAGAAGUUGUUCGUUUUGGGAAUAUAUGUAAAGAUCUGCAAUGGCACAACUUGGACCGUUAUUUUGAGAAAAUGAGCAAAAAUGUUACUCAAAGGCAACUGAAGCAGGAAGAAGCAAUAUCUGUGAUGGAGCUUCUAAUGACUUUAGUUCAGUAUACAGCUGAACUGUACCAUGGAUUGCAAGUGUUGGACAGAAUUCAACAAGAGUAUCAGCGUAGACUUCAAGAGGAGAAUAAUGCAGUUGCUGGUCCAAAAGAUGACAGCCUUGCAACAUUGCGAACAGAGCUCAAAAGCCAAAAAAAGCAAGUCCGUAACUUAAAGAAAAAGUCACUCUGGUCCAGAAGUGUGGAAGAGGUUGUGGAGAAGCUUGUAGAUAUUGUCAAUUUCUUACUCCUUGAGAUACACAACAACUUUGGCAGUGCAGAUAGUAAUGAAUCAGUUAAAUCUGUGAACAAACAUAGAAGAUUGGGACCUGCGGGCCUCUCAUUGCAUUAUGCAAAUGUUGUUGUGCAAAUUGAUACUCUUGUGGCACGAUCGAGUUCUAUGCCUCCAAGUGCAAGGGAUUCAUUAUACCAGAAUUUGCCACCCAGUGUAAAAUCAGCUCUACGUUCCAAAUUACACUCUUUUCAUGUUAAAGAGGAGCUCACGAUUACAGAGAUUAAAGAUGAGAUGGAAAAGACUUUACAGUGGCUUGUUCCGAUGUCCGCCAAAACUGCUAAAGCUCAUCAUGGUUUUGGUUGGGUUGGAGAAUGGGCAAAUACUAGAUCUGAGGCAAAUAGGAAGCCUGCUGCCACAACAGCUGAUAUAAUUCGGGUUGAGACACUCCACCAUGCAGACAAGGACACGACUGAAGCCUAUAUUCUUGAAUUAAUAUUGUGGCUUCACCAUCUGGCCAAAAAAUCCAAGAAUGGAGUUAAUGGUGGUGAUAAGUCGCCCAUCAACUCUCAAAUAAGUGCACCGCUUGAAAAGGUGAAUCAGCCACUGAGACUUGAGUUGCCGAAAGCACCAGCAUUAGCUACUGAAGACCAGGUAUUGUCGCAGGAUGUAAGCAAGAAUUAAAUGCCUGGAAUCAGCAAGAAUCAGGACUUUCAUCUUGUAAAACCUGGUUGAGAAUGCAUGAUAGACUGAGUAAGAGCAGCAGCUACUUCCCAUAAAGGAAUGCAAGCACUUGGCCAUUGUUAAAAUGCUGCCUUCUGUGGUUCCCAUUAUCAGCUUCUGGUAUUUGACGAGGAAGCAUUGGAUGCAAUUGCAAAGCAUUAGAUGGUCUUUGUUUGGGAUGAUAAGGAAUUAUAGCGCAUGCUCCAUGUACGUAUGGAACAAAUCUUGCUGCAAUAUCAGAUAUUGUACGAUGUAGCAGUUUUAUGUAAGUAGAUCUACAGUGACUUUCGAUCAAAAAAAGAAAAAGAUAUACAGUGACAAAAAAGAAAAAUAGAAAACAAAAGAACAAGAAUUUGAGUGCCAGUGGGUCACAGUUCUGUUUGAUUCCUGAAAACAAUGGUCUGCUGGGAAAUUCUUUUCCUCUAGCAAUUUUUAUCUAGAUAUGGCUAAGAUGUGCAAUAUCAA